GGGCUCUGGAGAACUUGACAUAAGAUAAUGCUAUGCGCGUGCGCGGGGUGCCCGCGGAAAUUCAAAAGCUCGAGCUCAGCUGACAGUCACAGACGUUUGAAAAGUCCACAAACUGACACGGUUAUUUUACUGAGGUGUUAAGAUGGAAAAUCAAAAGAGACCGAGAGAUCCACUGGAGGAAAACACUUCAGCCUCUAAUGAACUUGAAAAUGUGUUGAAGAAAAGGCGGUUGGCAGCAGGGGGAGAGGAGAACCUGGACCCCAAGAAAUCCCCUGCCAGGACACGCUUGAGAUUGGCAGAGCUGGAGGUGAAACCAGACACUCCUGCCAUAUCCUCCAUCCGCUCCAGAGUCCAGCAACUCAGCCAGAGACGAGAUGUUGGGACUGGCUUAGUCCAGCGCUGCCUGUCUGACCCCGGGUCUGAGGGUUGUACCGGUAGCAUGUCCUCGCAGAUCUGUCGAAUAGGUGAGGGAGAGUUUAGCUCUCGCCUGCAGCGCUUCAAAGCCCCAACACCACUGAACAGCCCCAGUCUCUCCACCCCCUGCACACUCAAUCUCUCCAGCUUUGUGCAUGGCAUUCAAAAGCAGCUGAACACUGCUGUGACACCCAGCAGUAAAGAGGCCUCCCGUAUUCGCCAGGCACGUGAGAAUGAGUUGAGUCAGUUGAAGGUUCAGCCAGUGGCAGAAAACAUGUGGUUGAAGAGGAGUCUGUCUGACUCCUCCCUCACUGAGAGGGCAUCUCCAGCCACAUCCUCUCCCUGGGUUUACAGGAAAAAUCGAAAAACCCAGUGGCCUCCAUUACAGACCUGGAGUGAUGAGCUAAAGGGAACUGAAUUCAGCUCCUGUGAGCUUGACAGUAAAGUAUUUGAUGGAAGCCUGAACACCACACCGCCAUGUACUGUGGACAUCCAUUUCCCCAAUGAAGAACUUUAUACAUCUACAGAACCUGGGACUUUGAACACUUCAGCUCUGAUUGACAAGAUGUUUGAAGAUGUCCUGCAGCAUGCAGACAAGGAAGCUGAAAGUGAAGAUGGAAAUAAGGAAGAAGAGGUGGAGAAAGAUGAGAGCAAUUCAUCAGAGACUGAAAAGGAAGACAAAACAGAAUCAGACACAGCUGAAAAGAAAGACAAACAGGAACCAGUCACAUUAAAUGAGGAUCCUCUUGACCAGAGUGAGAUGAGUGAAGAGAGUACUGAAGCCCAUUCUUCAACAGAUAAAGAGAAGGAGCUACAGUCAGUUGACGACGGAGAAGUAGAAAUGAAGGAAGAAAAGGAGAGUGGCACCAUGGGUGAUGAAGACUUUCUAACGCUGCCGCCCAGCUGUAUUCUUUCUCCUCUCAGCAAAUCUGUGGAGGCUGUUGUCACACCACUGAAGAUUGAAAUCACAGUGUCUAAGCCAUCAGUACAACCACCCUCACCUGAAGAAAUGACAGCUAGUCCUGCUGACAGUGUUCCAUCUUUAUACAGCAUUGACUCCUACCGCUCACAAAGGAAGAUCCACCCCCUGUCUACUCAGAGCUUGACCCCUGGAGUUCAGAAGCAGGUUCCAAAAAAUACUUGCUCAAAAAAGCCCAUCAACAUCAAGGAGAGAAUUAAGGCUUUAAACGAGGAGGCAGCCAAGUUGCAGACAAUCAUCACACAGACACUGCAGGCUCUGAGCUGUUGCAGUGAUGAGGAACAUGGGAAAGGUUCCCAGCAGGAGGCCGAGGCUGAGAAACUCCUGCUUGUCUCCAGUGAGAAGCGAGCAGCCUUACUGGCAGAGGUUAGCAGGCUGAGAGAGGGUGAGUCUGGUGAACCAGUCUCCCAGAAUGCACCUCCGCAGCCCUGCAGAGGCACAGUCAGCAUCAGCAGCAUCCAGCUGCCCCUCAAGGUGGAGUUUGUGUGCUCUGCUCGCACAGGCCAUCCAACGCACUACUUCUUCGUUUUGAUCCGUUAUGGCCCAUGUAAUAUUGUGGCAACGCCUUUGGCUACAGCUGCUGAUGCCCAAAAUGGAGACACAAUCACCUUCCCAACUUCUGUUACACUACAAGACAUUCGCUCAAGUUUUGAGAUUGAUGUUGAGGUCUACAGUUUGUCCAGUACUCCGAGUAAUACCUGCAGUAUGAAUGCUCAGCAGUUCCGCAGCUCAACAAAGUCAAGGGUGACACCCAAGAAGAUUCUCCACAGCAUCACAAAAUCUAACCAGAGUGUGACUUCUGCUACUGUGCCUGGUCUGAGUGCCCAGCGCUCUAGUAACUUCACAUUAGUGGGGUCUCACAAGAUUACCCUGAAUUCAUUGGGACAGAGCAAGUUCCCUCUGGACAAGAUGAAAUUUGAAGGCAAAAUCAGGCGACUCCUCGGAGAUGAGUUUCAGGAAAAGGUUCCCUUCCUCUCUCCUCUAGAGGGCCACAUCUAUCUGCGGCUGCACAGUGAGGGCCACUCUAAUGUCCAGCAUCAGGGCUUUUUGACCAUGUUUGAGGAUGUGAGUGGCUUUGGAUCUUGGCAGAGGUUCUACUUCCUUCUAGAAGGAGGACACCUGCUCUACUGGAACUACCCGAAUGAGAUGGGCAACAAGCCAGCAGAUGGCAGUCUCUCUAUCUUUGGCUUCUGCAGUGUCAGGCCUGUGGAGCGAGAGUGCUGUGCACGGCCUUACACCUUUGAAUUAGUAGAGACUAACACCCUCCAGCAAGAACACAGCCAGGCCUUGAAGAAGUGCUGGUUUUCAGCGGACACACGGGAGGAGAGGUCUGGCUGGAUGGAGAAACUGAAUCAGACCUUACUGGACUCUGUAACGUGGAAUAGGAAACCCGUUUCUAACGAUAACAUGUCCAGCACGUCCUCUAACACCGGAAACUCUCGUGAGAGUAUCCUGUAACACAACACACACGUGAACCCUCACCAUGCAACACUAAGAAAGGAGAUCUCAGAGAACAUCAUAUAUGGCACUAAAAAAUACAUGAAGAGCUUCUGAGAAUAGAAGUUGCCGAACAGAAUGGUUUUACAUAGUAGUGCAUCAAAAUCUACAUAAAAACAUACUACUUUGGAAGAAGCAUACAUUAUAGUGGCUUAUUUGUUGAGAUUUCUGAUCUCUCAUUACCUCUUGUAGAUUGUGCUAUAUUUUAGAAUGGUUUACCACACUGUAAGGAUAGAUAGAUUUGCCAUUGCUGUUAAUUUUCACGUGAGC